AUGUCGCUUAAUUUCAGUGCCAAUCAACAUCCAAGAAGACUAGAAGGGUUCACACUUCCAAUAAGUAACGAAAAAGGGCACCUUCUACCUCAUGUUCCACAUCGUCCACAUUCCGCUUGGGGUCACUUUCAUGGAACAUGGAAUAUCUCGUUUAAAGGUCCAGGUCCUCAAAAAGGUGACUGUGUUAAGCCAGGCAUUUGGAUUGUAAGAGCAAACAGAUCUAAGUGGGUUCAAGCUGAAGCCACUCAUACUUCACUGAUGCGUCCACAAAGUGCGCCACCUGGCGUGCAUCACCCAAAAUCUACUGAUGCUUCUCAAAAGAAACGUUCUGUCAGCUGUACGCGAUUCCAUAAACACCACGUGCAUUCAAAAACCAAUAAGAAUUAAUGAGAAAUUCAAAGAAUUGUGCGGCACAUGCGACUUAUUCGUUAUAACCAAAAAUAAUACUGAUUUACUUUGAUAAUCUUUAUGAGGUCUUAAAAAU